AUGGACUACUUCACACGGCAGCCGCACGGCCAAGGACUGGCCGCAAUGUUCCCCAAAAUUGCUAGACACGGCCACGCUCGUGGUCAAGCACUUCCAGUAGGGAUAGGUUUGUUCGCUUGCCUAGAAGACGCAUACGCGAUGGAAAACGCCAACAUGAUCUUCAGCAAAGAUGCUGAAAAGAAGCUGCCGCUCGAAAGGGUGAUUGACCAUGAGCAUGCACAGAAGAGUGGGCAAUGGAAGAUGAAUAUGGUCGUGCUGCCGAUGGCACCGACAAGCAAGACAAGAACUUCAGAUACACGACAUGGGCCCAGCAUCAACAUUGAGAUUUCCGCGUCAUCGGCCAGCUCGAGCUCUAAGAGACUUGCUGUCAUACUUGCCGCCGGAACUUUCAUGGCCCGAUGGCGUCUGCAGGUUGUUCAUCAUUACAUGGAAGUGAAUGAUGCCUUCAAGAGCAACAUUGAACAGUCUUCAGCGACACUCAAUCCUUUAUCAACUUCAAGAAAGCCCGUACGUAGCAAUGCAGACUCUCACACUGUCUUAUGGAGACUGCAAGGCUAUCUGGACAUUUCUUAUGGCCCCAAAGGCAGACGUGUGCCAGCUGAGCGUACCUCUUCAAAUUACCGCUCAAGUAUCGAAUCGCAGUCAAGGAUCGAAUCCAACAUGAAUACCAAACCCGCAAACAAGAAGGGCAGGAAGUCUAAACGACAGCAUCAGCCCGAGCAUCCACCGGUGGAGUGGACGUUCACCAAAAAGUUCCUUCCUGACUUAGUCAAUGGGCCUUACCAGCGAGAUAGAGAGGCCAUGCUUGCUUGGAUAAGAGAGCUACGAAGUCCAUUGAAAGACUUCUGCCUGACGGAGCUCAGCGGUGCUAGAUACAUGGAACUUGGAAGGGCACUGACUACCGACGAGGCAAACUGGUUGACUCAGAUGCCGCAGAUGGUGGAGAAAGCAAUGAACAUCAGCCCAGAUGAUAUUGCAGCACGAAAGUCUAAGGGGUUUGAAACUAAUGAUCCAGAGAGCGAUCGAGAUAUGCACCUUGUGUACUUGAUGAGGCGUAUCUGCGACAGUGAUGGCAUGCCCAUACCUCCGAUAGGUAACAGGGGGUCGCGAGCUGGGGCAGAGCGUGCUCGCCUGAGAUACAGCGUGGCGUGGGGUCUUCUUUUGACGACUCUAUCGGACCUUCAGCAGAACCCUAACGGCGAUUUCCAAGUAGCCAUAGGAACCAGUGGCAUACAAAAAUGGCCUGAUGGUAUCGACCAUGAUCUCAAAUCAAGCUUGCCCGCUUCAGGAGAGACAACAACUUCGUCGCAAAAGCGUCGGUCUUCUAGGUCACCGCCACGCAGCCCAGUAGGCAGAAGGCUGAAGAAGCGAAACAACGCAGCAGCAAGAUCAUAUGCAUCUCCAACUCGACCACAGCUUCCGCAGGAGCCCGAUCAGGCCGAGGCUUCAUCACGAUACUCAAGUACCGCUGACCCCGUUGCAGUCGCGCUGACCGCCGAAAAUGGCAACGCCGCAGGAGCUCUUGAGACCGUUGAAGCAGUACCAGAUGCACAAACGAUGGAGAGUCUUCGGGCUGCACUCAAGCGAGAAACACGAUUGCGUAACGAAGCAGAAGCGAAACUCACAGCAGUCCGAGAAGCAGUCACAGCUUUGGAAACGGCAGUGGAGAAAAUGAUGAGAAGGGGUGUGACCAAAAGCAUCUUCGCUUGCGCGUGGACAUCAGUAGCAGAAAUGAAAAUGGAUGGUACCAUAAUUAACCACUUUCCCACACACCACGUUAGUCACAGUUCCCGCAAACUUGAUCGAGUAUCCAUACGUAAAUCCUUGCCCUCGCUGAACCAAAAAACAACAACAACAACAACAACAACAACAACAACAACACCAACAACAACAACCCCCCCGAUGCGCUUCCGAUCGAUCAGCAGCAGUGGAGGAAGUGGAAGUGGAAAUUUUUUCUUCAAAAUCUCGAUUCAACGAUUGAUCGAGAUUUCAAAUUUGAGGACAUUGGCUAGCGUGCUGAAGUUUUUCUCCAACCACACUCUCGCGUGCAAGAAAUCGUGGGAAAAGACAAGCAGCUGUGCUGUCAAUCCGCACAUCUAUCUCUUCAUCGAUAACUUACCAGCACGGACAUUUCCACACCAUACAUGA